GACUAUGUAUAUAAUUAGUAUUUAUUUGAUAGUAAGAAAUACUAUUUUUUUAGCAAAGUACAAUAUCUCAUUUCCUGACUAGUGCCUAGUGUUGCUGACUCCUUCGGCAAUAACAAAGUCUUCUUUGGUGUCUGCUCCGUGAAACAAAGUACAAUAUAUCUCAUUUCCUGGUCUUUUCUUAAUCACAACUACUUUCAUUCCCUCGGUGACCAAGUAAAAUUGAACUUCCCACUAUCUUCAUAUUAUAAAAAAAAACCCAAUUAUUUUAGCAAAGCAAUUCACAAUUCCAAAUCCAAUCCCAUGGCAAAAUACUCCGAUUCAGACAUCACUCUCCGGCCACUAGAAAUCUCCGACGCCGACGCAGCCGUACAAUGGUACAUGGACGAAAAAGUGAGCAAAUUCUGCACGUGGGAGGCGUUCCCGUCGCGAGAAACAGCGGUGGAUUACUUCGUGGAGCAGGAUCUGCCGCACCCGUGGAACCGGGCCAUAUGCGCGGCAGGGCGGGUGGUGGGGUCCAUAGCCGUGAGGCUCUUCGGGGGUUGCGACCGGUGCCGGGGGGAGCUGGGGUACGCGUUGGCCUCCGAGUACUGGGGGAGGGGGAUCGCCACGAGGGCGGUGACCCUCGCCGCGAACCACGCCUUCCUCGAGAUGCCCCACCUGGAGCGGCUCGAGGCCGUGGUAGACGUGGACAACCCGGCCUCGCAGCGAGUGGUGGAGAAGGCCGGGUUUGUGAGGGAGGGGCUUUUGAGGAAGUAUUACUUGCUCAAGGGGAAACCCAGAGACGCCGUCAUUUUUAGCCUCUUGUCAACCGAUCCUCAAGUUAAUUAUUUCGUCGAUGAUUGACCAUCAAUCUUCUUUCAUCCUAUGUAUCGUAUGUUUGGUAGGAUAGAUGACAUUUUUUAUUCAUAGAAUUUCAUCUCUAGACGAGUUAUCUAUCCCUACUAAACAUGCUUAUUGACUAGUUAUAUGCACAAUAUCAUUUAUAUAUGUUUUAAUUA